AUGAGAGGAUACCGGAGGGACUGUGAGGUCAGCCAGAUUGACUACAUGUUCGCUCAGUACGUCAAAAACACCAUGCAGCCUCUCAACAUCGCCGACGUCACCAAGGACCAGCGCUUCCCCUGGAUGAGUGAAACUCCAGAUCACACCAGCAACCAGAUAAAAAGUUUGCUCUGCACCCCCAUCAGGAACGGUAAAAAGGACAAGGUCAUAGGUGUGUGUCAGCUGGUGAACAAAAUGGACGAAGCAUCCGGCGGCGUGAAGGCCUUCAACAGGAACGACGAGCAGUUCCUGGAGGCGUUUGCCAUCUUCUGCGGCCUGGGCAUCCAGAACACGCAGAUGUACGAGACGGUGGAGCGAGCCAUGGCCAAGCAGGAGGUCACGCUGGAGGUCUUGUCGUAUCACGCCUCUGCCACGGAGGAGGAGUCGCGGGAGCUGCAGGUCGCUACCGUUCCAUCGGCGCAGUCUCUGCACCUCCUGGACUUCAGCUUCAGCGACUUCGACCUGUCGGACACGGAGACCACGCUGGCUACCAUCCGCAUGUUUGUGGACCUCAACCUGGUGCAGAACUUCCAGAUGAAGCACACGAGUUUGUGUCAGUGGGUUCUGAGUGUGAAGAAGAACUACAGGAAGAACGUGGCCUAUCACAACUGGAGACACGCCUUCAACACGGCCCAGUGCAUGUUCGCCCUGCUUAAGUCCGGCCGCUUCCAGAAUAACCUGAACGAUCUGGAGGUGUUGGCUCUGAUGAUUGCAACUCUCAGCCACGACUUGGACCACAGAGGGGUCAACAACUCCUACAUCCAGAGGAGUGACCAUCCCCUGGCCCACCUGUACUGCCACUCCACCAUGGAGCAUCACCACUUCGACCAGUGCCUCAUGAUCCUCAACAGCCCCGGAAACCAGAUCCUGAGCGGCCUCUCUCUGGACGAGUACAAGGCCACGCUGAAGAUGAUCGAGAGAGCCAUCCUGGCCACCGACCUGGCUCUGUACAUGAAGAGGCGAGAGGAGUUUUUUGAGCUCACCAAGAACAGCCAGUUCAUCUGGGAGGACGAACAGCACAAAGACCUACUGAGGUCCAUGCUGAUGACGGCCUGUGACAUCUCCGCCAUCACCAAGCCCUGGCCCGUGCAGAAAAGGAUUGCAGAGCUGGUGGCCACCGAGUUCUUUGAGCAGGGGGACAAGGAGCGGCGGGAGCUGAACAUCGAGCCCAGCGACCUGAUGAAUCGGGAGAAAAGAGAUAAGAUUCCCAGCAUGCAGGUGUCCUUCAUUGAUGCCAUCUGCAUUCAGUUGUACGAGACCCUGGCCGGCAUGUCGGAGUGCUGCUCCCCCCUGCUGGACGGCUGCCUGAGGAACCGGCAGCACUGGACGCGCUUGGCGGAGGACUGCGAGAAGGGACUGUCCAACGGGCUGGUGUGACCUCGACCCCAGCCGGACGUCCAACCCCCUCCCAAACUUCCAUGACCUUAAUGUGACGUUGAGAAUGGACAUCUGGCCAAAUGUGUGCACUGAAAGUGAGCAAGAAAGGUUCCUCCCCCACCCCGAACAGAAACCCUGACCCCGGCCCGUCCCUCCGGUCGGCGGUGCCCACAAACCUCGCCACAAACACAAGUGUGCUAAAAGUCCACAGAGAGAGGAUGAACACGUUGGGGUAGAAGAGUGUUGUAAACUGAUUCCCAUCUUCACCAGUUGUUUAGCGUGUUACCAUGGUAGCAUUUGUCAGUUAGCGCUAAACAUAAAGACAAAGUCCAGAUGUUGGGGGUCCCAAAUGUUUUGGCAUUCGCUCCGGCUGGCUACACACUAAACUACACACCGACCAAGCAAUCCACACAAAUGCUUUAGGGUGUGCACAUUAUACAAGACGGUUUCAACCUCACCCAGGUUCUGUAGAACUGCGUUCAUGGCGUUUCCACCCGAUCACACCGACACACCAGCUCCAUAUGGGGCUAGAACAGUCUCAUAAUUCACAAAUGCACAGGACAAGUUUUACACAUGCACAGACCGAUUUGCAAAUGCACAGGACAAAAAAUUCACAAAUGCACACACUGAUUCACAAAUGCACAGAACAAUUCACACGUGCGUAGGACAAGAUACACAAAUGUAUUUUUGAUGCGCAAACAAAUAUAACCUGACUCCCCUGACGUGACUCGAUCCACAAAUACGUUUUUUUAAACACGGAAGGAUCUGCAACCAAUCAGAUAUCUUCCUUUGUUUCAGCCAAUCAUAACAGCCCACCCCACGUGUAGAACGAUUUACUUGUAAACCAAUCAGAUUAAACGGGCGGAUACACCUGCUGUUUGAGCUGCGUUAGCUCCGUUCGCUUGGAAAAGUGAUUAAUAUUUGGAGUUGGUGGAGUAAAGAUAAAUAAACAAGACAGCAUUACGGGAUGGAGAGAUCACUGCUCUGCUUCUCUUGUGAUCUUGGUAAAGAAAACAGCGCGAUCGGAGAUGUUUGUCGGGCCGUUCAACCAGAGCCGUUUACGAGUAAGUCGCAUUUGUGAAACGGUGUGUGCAUUUGCGACUUAUGAGACUGUUCUAGCUCCAUAGCUCCACGGCACCUCCGUAGUAGAGCGGACAUCAGCGGGACGUGGAGUUCAUGGUCCUUAUGUAAUAAUUGCUCAGGGGUCACGUUCUGGGCCCUCUGGAAAGAUUCUAGGGACAAUGUCUUUUGCAAUAGACGCUGUAUAAAUAAAACUGAAUUGAAGGAUCCAACAAGUGAGCAAAGACGACCCUGCCGUGGUGCAUCUUAGAGAACAUAAAGAUUAUCUUUCUGUUCCCUUCAGGUUGGUUAGUGUCGUAAGCAGUCAUUAGUAUUCAACUGAUGUUUGGAGACUGGAGAGCCCCCACCUCUAAAUCCCACUUAACUUGGCUUGACUGGUCUUUAAUUCGCUGCCAAGCUUGUGAGCUUGUUAAAGUGUGCACUAACUGGUUAUUGACUAUAGUCUGGUUCACUUGAUCUACCCUGGUCUUGCUGGUUUACCUGGUCUACUCUAGUUUACUUAGGGCCAAUCCCAACACACCCCCUACUUUCUACCA